AUGCCCCAGCAAGCCUCACCGGCCGUGGCAGCCUCCUCCUCCUCCGCCUCAACCUCCGUCGUCUCAUCACCGGCAUCGACCUCGUCAUCAUCGUCAAACUCGUCGUCGUCGUCGUCGUCGUCCCAGGUCUGCAACAACUCGCCGGUGCUGUGUGACCGCCACUACAGCGACAUCACGCACAUGGGCGCCCACGACAGCGCCUUUCUGCGCGACGACAGCACGGGCAACUCCAUCGCCGGCAACCAGUUCCUCAACGCCACGCUGGCCCUCGACGCCGGCCUGCGGCUGCUGCAGGCGCAGGUGCACCACGAGAACGGCACGCUGCGCCUGUGCCACACGUCGUGCGGCCUGCUCGACGCCGGGCCGCUCGAGAGCUGGCUGGCCCGCAUCGCCGACUGGGUCGCCGGCCACCCGUCCGACGUCGUCACCAUCCUGCUCGUCAACUCGGACAACGCCGACGCCUCGCAGUUCGCCGCCGCCUACCAGCAGGCCGGCCUCGCCAAGUUCGGCUACGUCCCGCCGAGCGCCACCCAAGAAUGGCCCAGCCUGCGGUCCAUGAUCGCCAACAACACGCGCGUCGUGUCCUUCAUCACCAACAUCGACGCCUCGUCCGCGAGCCCCUACCUCCUGCCCGAGUUCGACUACGUCUUCGAGACGCCCUUCACCGUCCUCUCGCUCGACGGCUUCAACUGCACCGUCGACCGGCCCUCGGACGCCGGCACCGCCGCCAACGCCUUCUCCCACGGCUUCAUGGGGCUCGUCAACCACUUCAAGGACGAGGAGAUCACGGCCGGCAUCAACAUCCCCGACACGGAAAACAUUGCCCUCGUCAACAGCGCCGCCACCUCGGACGCGGGGAACCUGGGCCAGCACAUCCAGCAGUGCAACGACCAGUGGAACCACCGCCCGACCUUUGUCCUCGUCGACUUCUGGGACAAGGGCGACACGGUCAAGGCCGCCGACGACAGCAACGGCAUCAGCCAGGCCAGCGGGAGGACCAACGCCUCGGCCGACAGCAGCGCGAGCGAUUCCUCCUCGGCCGACGGGACGAACCAGACGCGCGAGUUUGGCACGGGGGCGCUGAUUGCCUUUCUGGCGGCGACGCUGCUGAUGAUUUAA